AAUAAAUUAAAAAACCCAUUUGUGCCCGAUAUAAAUAGUAAUGCAAUGUGGCCGUUCUAGGUCGUGCCAAAAAUCCCAACACAAUAUCUUACAGAAAAGGAAAGUCUCUAAUUGCUGGCAAAUUAGCUACCACUCUAGUCUUACCAUCACCAUUUCCACCAAGAGAUAAAUACUAAAUCCUUCAAGCUAGACAGAUGGGAAAAUCUAGUUGCUAUGCAGCGGCGUCAGGGAUAAAGAGAGGUCCAUGGACUCCUGAGGAGGACAGAAAGCUUUUAGCUUACAUUCAACUACACGGCCAUGGAAGCUGGCGUUCCUUGCCCCAGAAAGCUGGUCUCAAAAGAUGCGGGAAGAGCUGUAGGCUAAGGUGGAGAAACUACCUCAGACCUGAUAUUAAGAGGGGAAAUUUCAGCUUGCACGAAGACCAAACCAUCAUUCAACUCCAUGCACUUCUUGGCAACAGGUGGUCGGCCAUAGCUGCCCAUUUGCCAAGGAGAACAGAUAACGAGGUCAAGAACUAUUGGAACUCACAUCUGAAGAAAAGGUUGGCAAAGAUAGGGUUUGACCCUGUAACCCACAAGCCCAAGGCUGCCAUUCUUAGCUCUGCAAAUGGCGACCCUAAAAACUGGUCAAAUCUUAGCCACAUUGCUCAAUGGGAAAGUGCCAGGCUUCAAGCCGAAGCAAGAUCUGUCAAAGAAUCCAAACUGCGUAUGCAUGAAUCUGCGCCAGCGCCGUCGCUUUCCGAUGAUCAUCAUCAGUUUGCUCCACCACUAGUUCCACAGUGCCUUGACAUACUACGAGCAUCCGCAUGGGAAAGCCUAAUAUCCAUGUCAAGGUCAUCGUCAAGAUCGGCUGCCCAAACCAAUAUGAACGGCCAGGGUAAUGUCUCAUUUGGUGAUCAUCACCAUGUUCAUGAUCAUGGUAUUAAUAUGAACGCCCAAGAUUAUGGCUCAAAUUUUGAGGCUCCAACAUCUGAUCAACAAUUAUCAAGCCUGAUGGGAUAUGAUGAUGCAACGCUCAUGUCAUCAGUAGCCACUGGAUCGAUGGAUAUUAAUGAACUUUUCGGUGAAUACUGUGGUGAUGAAUGCAGUGAAUUAUUGGCGGCACUCCACCACGAUACUGGGUUUGAAUUCGGGGAUGCUUGGACUAGUUUGGAACAAUUAAUGUAAGAAGCAGUGAACAACGUCAUGACGACGUGAACAAUCAGUAGUCAGAUUUUAACUUGACGGAGGGAUUAAUAUAUGUGUAUCUAAUGUUAUGGUUAUUUCUUAUGAAUAAUUCUCCACCGGUAUCAUCUGCAAGAAAUUGUAGAACUAGCUACUAAAGUUGGCGAUGGUUUAGUUAGGCUUUACGAAAUAAUAUUACAUAUUGGAGAAUUGUAGACCAUCUAUUAAUGAUGUAUAAUAUUGAACACCAGUUUUAUAGUUGAUGUGUCUCUUCCACUCUAGUUUUACUAAUAUAAUUAUGGUCAGCCUCAGCCUCAUACCGCCAAGAAACAAAAAAAAAAGGAAUGGAAAAAGAACAUGAAAAGAAAUAUAUAACAAAAUACUUUGUUUGGACCUCCCCCUAAUCUUAUCAAAUAAACGUUUAUUUAUAUUAUUAAGGUUA